AUGGACAAACGUAACACAUUUGGCGACACAGGUGAGGAGGAGGAGGAUGACGAAGAAAUGGAAGCAGAACCGAAGAAGUACAUGGACACGAUCCUCCUCAUGUUCUCGGUUGGCUUCACGCAGGCGCAUGGAUCCAGCCGUGACAGUGUGGAUGCCGGGGAUGGAAAUUGUCGGGAAGUAAAUUCUGCUGCCGUGUACUUCAGUGGCGCCUGCUUGCGGAUCUCUUUGAGUAGUCAUAUCAAAGAGAACAAGCUGGAGAUUGGUGGAAGUGCUUGGUUGUUGGACCACGCUAGGAGACGGUGUGAUCGCAUGGGCACAUGGUGGCUGGUACUUGGAGGAGGCGUUGGCGAUGGCGUGAUGGAACCAGCAUACUUCCUCAGAACCUGA